AUGCAGUUGGACUGGCACUUGAUUACUGCUUUGAUUGAGCGAUGGAAACUAGAGACCCACACCUUUCAUAUGCCUUGUGGGGAAUGCACGAUUACUCUACUUGAUGUUGCGGUCCAGUUGGGGUUACUAGUGGAUGGUGAGCUUGUGGUAGGAUCGUUGAACUAUGACUGGAAGGAUGUUGAUGUUGUGAGCAUUCGAGAUACGCUUGUGCAUACACAGUUGAUUGGAGGUUUUCUGUUUGCUGAUAAAUCAAACACUCUAGUCCACUGUAUAUUUCUUUCGCUCUUAAUCGAUUUUGAUCAGGCUGAUACGUAUGCUUGGGGUGCUACAUGUCUAGCAUGGUUGUACAGGAAAUUGUGUCGAGCGAGUAGUACAUGGUCUUUAGAGAUUAUCAACCCAUUGAUGUUUUUGCAAGUAUAG